UGGAGUUGUGCCAUUUGAGGCAUUUCAACUCUAAAUCUUGACAUUGGGGGCCUUUUCUCCGGAAUUUCAGCCGGGGCAAACACAGAGAAAAACACAGACGAGACACGGAGCAUACUGAAUCCGAUCGGAAGGGGAUGGAGGGAAAAGCAGAGGAGGUAAUAGAGCAAGUGGUGAAGUUAACACUCACGGACGCAACUCUCGGUGCUGUGGACUUGGCUUUAUCUCCAAGUUUCUGUUCCCAUCUCCUUGAACCAGAUCAUCUCAUCGAUCACGCUCAUGAUACGGCCUCGGAUUUUACUCAAGGCGUGCCGGCGUAUCCUUUAUACAAGAGCCUUGCAUCAGCUUUGUGCAAGUCCAUAUCUUGUGGAGCCUUUUGUGGUCCUGAGAAAACGACAUUGAUCGACACGGAAGAAUCUCUAUAUCAUAAACAACAAGAAGAAGAAGAAUGGAGCAAAUUGAUCAAGGAGAAAGGAUUUGAUCUCGUACAAGUAUUGAAGAUGUUGAAUUUUGAUUUACAUGUCCAGGAGCCUUUCUUUUCCCAGCUCAAAGAUGGACUGAAAACAGUUGAAGGGAGGUGCGCUGUUGGUGACUACAAAAGAAUAAGCCCGGGGGCAUUAAUUCUUUUUAACAAAUGUUUGGUGCUUCAGGUUCAGGAUGUCCAAAAGUAUGCUUCCUUUUCUGAAAUGUUAGAGGCAGAAAGUAUUGAGAAAGUACUUCCUGGAGUAAAGACUAUUAAAGAAGGAGUGCAAAUUUAUCGAAAUUUUUACCCUGAAGAGAUGGAAAGGUUGAAUGGUGUUCUCUCAAUACGCGUUACAAAACCAACCUUUCAGCUUUCUGAUGCAAUGGCUUCCAUUAUCAGGGGGUUGAGUUAUAAAGGUGUGCAGCAACUUCUGGGUAUAGUUCACACCGAAGGAACAAGUCUAAUGGCGCUACCUCCACCACGAUCAUCAAUAUUGUCAUCAUUCCUGUCUCCUCAUAAUGCAAAUGUUAAGAGUUCUACAUUGACUGUUGGAGCCAGGUCAUUGGCUAAGCAUGUUCACAGGAGCAGUCUCAGAUUUUGGGGUAAUUUUUGUGGUAAUGAUUCAGCGAAGAAUUUGCUUGCUCUUGAUGUCAUUAGGAAGCUACUAGCUAACUGUUGCUGGUUAAAUCUUCAUAUUGUUCCGCCACAUGGCGUUGUAUUCGAGAUCCGGGUUGCUGAUGGUUAUGGUGCAAGGUGGUCAGAAGAUGGAACCAAGUUUAUUGGAUUUCUUGAGCCGUACAUGGAGAACGGACACUCAAAGGGUUGGAAGCACUAAAUCAAUAUAACAUUUAUAAGGCAUGCUUUCUCAAAAAGGACUUUCGAGAAUCAUCAAGAAGUGCCUGAUCAUCGCCAAAAAAAAAAAAAAAAAAAAAAAAAAAAAAAAAAAACCUUCUCCUUGGCGAUUUUCUAAUAUAGCUGUGCACUUCCCAGAACUAACCAAGAAUAUGUGAAGUUACUGUUAUGAUGUUCGUCAGUUGACAUUCUAACCUGAGUUUCUUCUAGUGAACUCGAACCUUUUGGUUGUAAUAUAGAUGUUGGGUAGCAAUAUAGCAUAAUUAAUUGUUGGCA